AUGCCAAUCUUUCAGGACCCAGAUAAAGUGAUAUCAUCUUUUACCAAUUCCUCGGGUAGGCCGCCUAGUAAUGAAAAUGAGGAUUCCGUUCAGAAGGCUCCUUGGUCCCAGCAAUGGAGGGAUAGUGAAUCUGCAGAUGUUGAAAUGAGUGGAACGUCACCCACGUACUACCAGGCCAAGGACUACGAGUCUACUCAGUUACCAGCUCACCGGCGAGAUGAACUUAUUCAGUCUAUCAAGCGAGAGCAAAAUCCGUCUUGGAUAUCGCAGUUUGCAUCGGAACGCUAUCCUUUUCAGCAGAGUCUUCCACAGCCCUUUGGGGUUCAAAAUGAUGUAGCAUACUCGCCAUCACUGACUUCCGCGCGAGAUGUGUCUAGCCCCAAUGAGAAAGGCUCACUAGCUCCAUCACCAGAAAUCGAACGACCACGUUCGGCCUUGCAUUCUGGUGACUUCAGAGAAGGUAGUCAAGACCGUGGCUCAGAACGCCCAAGCAAUCAACGCUUGGAUAAUUUACCAUACGAGCAUACAAGCACUCAGCCCUUUAGUACAUCUCCUACUACGCCAUGGUAUCUUCAUUCUUUUUCUAUCCACUCACAUUUCCGAGAUCCCGAAACAAGCCCACUGGCUGGACGCAUCAACAAUUCGGAUUCAAGAUCCCGGGCACCCUCCUUGGGAUCCUUGUCUUCAAGUUAUGUUCUGAAGGCUCCCACUAGUCCCCUAGUAUAUCAGGCAAAUAACGCCGAUCUUGAUUUCUCACUAAAGCCCGAGUUCGCAGACUCGCCCUCUCAUUUGGAGAAAAGCAAUCGACGUCGAACGCUACCACCGGAAAUUUUCAGACAGAUUCGUGGCUCCCCACCGGUGCAGUCACAAGGGAUUGGAUUCAGCAAAUCUUUCGCCUCCAUGCAAAGGGAAGAAAAUCUGCCCUCUCAGGCUCAUCAACCACGCAGGUCAUCAACAUACAGCCUCCAGCUUGCGUCUUCGCCACAGACGACCUUUCGGCAUAGGCGGCCAUCGCUGGCAUCGGAUUUAUCUCCUCGCAUUCAUGCUUCAAUGGUUGGGUCAUAUGAAGAGUCUAUUCUUCGUGGAAGAAUGUCAACUAGUCCUUCGAAGCCAUUAGACUUCACCGCUCAGAUCGGUGUUCUAGGAAGAGGCAAAUGCAAAUCAAAUCUGAAAUGUCCGCCGCACAUUACGGUGCCGUUUCCCGCAGUCUUUUAUAGUUAUCCAACCUCGGGAACCGGUCGUUCCAUAUCCGAUGACAGCCCAAGUCCAUAUGUCGGGUUGAUUGACCUCGAAAACUCCCUCACGCAAGAUAAGUCUGGUGAAGAGAGACGCAACCGUCGCCGCACAAGUCCGUCUACCGAAAGCAAGGACUCAUCCACACGUUCCCAUUCACCAAAAUCAACUGCUUCCGACAAUCCUCGCAAACGGGAAAAACGAUCAAGAUCGAGUCGGUCUGAUGCAUUGAAAACCCCACCGGGAGUCUUCUAUCGCAUCCCCCAAAGAGGCCAGCUGCAGAUCGUGAUUAAAAACCCCAACAAAACCGCCGUCAAACUCUUCCUUGUACCAUAUGACCUCGAUGAUAUGGAACCCGGGUCGAAGACAUUUAUUCGGCAACGAAGCUAUUCAGCUGGUCCCAUCAUUGAUAUGCCCUUAACCGCCCGCAAAAACUUUGGCACAGACCGACCCGAAGCAUCUUUAAAUUCGACCGAUGAUCCCAAAGACAAGCCCAUGCUCAGAUACCUCAUCCAUCUGAACAUCUGCUGCACGGCUAAGGGUCGCUUCUACCUCUAUUCAACUAUCCGCGUCGUCUUCGCCAACCGCGUUCCGGACGGUAAAGAGAAACUGCGAAACGAGAUCCAGUAUCCAGAGCCUCGCUACAGUCCGUACCGGCCGGUAAAGGACUUGUCGCAUACUAAGCAUCGCUCGGCGAUUGACAAGCCGUACAGAAGACUCAGCGCGGGAAUAGGUUUCACAGCCUCUCAUUUCCAUCAAGACCACCACCACGCUCACUCCCCUUACCCCCAUCAUUCCCCUCCCGCCUCAUCGUUGUCAGCAACAGCUGGCAGAAUCUCUACCCUGCCAUUCAAACUAUCCACACCGAAGCCCAGGCAUACUCCUGCCCCCGACUCCAGCUCAUCAAUCGCCUUCGGUAAUCUCUGGCAACCGGUUCCAGCAGAACCAUUCCAGAAAAUGGCAGAAAGCCCACCCUCAUCCCGCAUCGGCUCUUCGACAUCUCAAUCGCCUCAAGAAAUGCAAAUAGAUAAAGACACCAACAAGACUGAAAAUAACGAAAUUAAUAAUACCGAACUGUACAGCAAACUCAAAAAAGGAGACGCGGGUUAUGGGGGCGGGUACCCUGAAUCAGCCGAAUGCGGGGGGAGUUUGUUGGCGAAGAAGCUGAAAGACUGGACGUGUAAGAGUCAGGAAUCGUCACCAGGAAGAUAG